CUAAGAAGUUUUUCUUCUCGUCCUUAGCUGCAACGUGUCACCGUGGGAAUGGACGAUUGAAAGGGCGAUGGCCACUAUCCUCCGUUGGGUCUUUCUUCUUCAUCGUGAUUCCGAUUAAUCGGAGAUUUCAACUCAAUCAACCAACGACCAUCGCUCGCUUUCCCUUAACCCUAGCACCACUGCCUCUGGCGCUCCGAGAAUCUUCCAAUCUCUCGGAAACCAGGCGACGAAAACGGCUGGGACAUCGCGACGGGAGGAUCGUUCGCAGGAGGAGGAUCCGACGAUCUCGAUUGGGAUCACAAAUCGAUGUGGUCCACUGGUCUAAGCAAAGAGCAUUUCGACGGCGUCUCUGUUGGCCGUCAGAACAACAACGCCGCCGCGAAUCCUCCUUCUUCUGAUAGUUCUUCGGGUGAUGUGAUGAGCAAGUUGGGACCGAGAGAAGCCGCCAUGGUUAACGAGAUGAACGAGUACGAUGACAUGAUCAAGGAGAUUGAGAAAGAGAACAGGCACAGCAGGGGAUUCGUUGGCGGGAUCAAGCAGAAGAUGAUGGAGAUGAGCGUGCUUCUGAAGCAAGUCAAGGAGCCUGGUGCUAGAGGGUCUUAUCUCAAGGACUCUGAGAAGACUGAGAUGUACAGGUUGCAUACGGAGAAUCCCGAGGUUUAUAUCGUUGAGAGGCUUGCUAAGGAUUUUAGGAUCAUGAGGCAGCGUGUUCACGCCAUUCUUUUUCUUAAAGAGGAUGAGGAAGAAGAGGAGAGGAAGCUUGGUCGUCCUUUGGAUGAUUCCGUUGAGCGUUUGCUUGAUGAGUACCCUGAUGGAAAGGAGAAGUGAAGUGCCACAAGUACAGCAGAAGACGUUCAUCAGAUGGUUGGAAAAUCACAGUUGAGAAAUUGGGUCCUCAGGGCAAACAUGGAAAUGGAGGUGGCUGGAAGUUUGUGAGUCUUCCUGAUGGAUCAAGCCGGCCUCUCAACGAAGUGGAGAAGAUGUAUGUUAAGCGUGAAGCCCCACGUCGCCGCCGUAAGAUUCUCCUUUGAAUUUGCUAGAACCAGACUCCAUCAAUGGUAAUGAGAAUUGUUAUCUCACUUGGAGAGUGUAAAAGUUAAAACUACUUUGUUUUGUUUGAUCUUUUGGUUGAAUAGUAAGAUGGGUAGCUUUAUUUAAUUUACUAAGAUACAUAUU